AUGAAAUUAUUAUUUUCAUUUAUUUCUUUAAUAUUUCUAAUCGUAUUGACCAAAGGAGAUAGUUGUAUGAAAUGUUUCCAAGAUGAAGAAAAAUGUACCUAUAAAAAGUCUGAUAGUGAUUUCCUUUACACAGGAAGUUGUGUGAGUGAUGGUUUUGUUUGUGGUCCAUAUACUAAUGAAACGAAAAAAGAAAACUAUGUUUGUAGACCAUCAGCUCAAUUGGAUGAAGAAUGUUUUGUAAAUUCAGAUACUGAUUUUGGAAUUUGUGAAAUUGGUUUAGUUUGUGUAAAUGGAAAAUGUAUUAAUGCAAAGUUCUCUCAAAUUGGUGAUGAAUGUGAAAAAGAAUCAGAUUGUUACAGUAAAUUCUCUACAUGUACCAAAAAUAUUUGUACCAAUCCAACUAAUGAAUGUAAAUAUGAAGAAGAUUGUUUAUAUGAUCAAUAUUGUCAAGAUAAAGUUUGUACUCAAAGAAUUCAAAGAGGUAAAAACUGUUCACUCAAUAGUAAAGAAGAACCAUGUGUACAUCCAUUAUCUUGUCAAAAAGCCUAUUCAAAUGAAAAAGAUGUUGGAACUUGUCAAAAUCUUUUCCAAAAUGUUCUUGGCAGUGCUUGUGUUUCAGAUGAAAAUUGUAACAUUAAUCAAGAUUUAUAUUGUAAUAAGAAUAUUUGUGAAAAAUAUGUUGAACCAAUUCAAAAUGGAAAUUGUACAAAUAAUGACGAUGUGUGCGAUCAAUUUCAACAAUGUGGAUGUGAUAGUAAAUGCAAUGAAUGGUUUUCUCCAAAAACUCGUGUAGAUGUUUUAUUACCAUUAUAUGAUUGUUUAAAUGAAUAUAAUUGCAGUUUGGGUGGUAAUUCAUUCUCCCUUUCAUCUUGUUCUUCUAAAAAUUGUAGAUCACUAGUAUGUAAAUACUACCAAACAAGUUUGGGUACCAAUGAUGACACUUGUCCAAGUACCAAAUAUUCAUUUGAAAAAUACUGUAAUGACUCCUCAAAAAUUAGUUAUUCUUUAUUCUCAUUAUUAUUAAUUUUAAUAAUUUCUUUGUUAUUUUAA